AUGGAGGAGAAGGACGAGAUCAUCACCGAGCUAAACGUCCAGAAGGAUGAGGGAUUGCAUGGGGCGCUACAGGAUUCUGCGUACAACCUCACUUUUCGUGCAGUCAAUCCCGUGGAUGUCGGUGUGAGCAACCUAUCUCUGGAGAUAGACACCACGCCCCCCGAUAUGGGAGACCACCAGCACGAGAACCGACUCAAGAGCGUGCUCGAUGGCGUCGACGCCGCAAUGCCCAGCGGCAGCCUGACAGCCAUCAUCGGGAGCAGUGGGUCGGGCAAAACCUCACUGCUGAACCUAAUGGCGGGCCGCAUAGGGCUCUCGCGCGCCAGGGUGGCCGGUGCGACGACCUUCAACGCCGACCCCAACAUCGAGCGCAUCAGGAGCGCAUAUGUCAUGCAAGAGGACGUCCUCAUCCCCACCCUGACCGUGCGCGAGACCUUGCGGUACUCGGCCGACCUGCGCCUGCCGCCGCCGACGACUCGCGCCGAGCGCCACGCUAUCGUCGAGCAGGUGAUUCUCGAGCUCGGCCUGAAGGAGUGUGCCGACACGCGCAUCGGUAGCACCGCCCACAAGGGCUGCAGCGGCGGCGAGAAGCGCCGCACGAGUAUUGGCGUGCAGCUGCUGGCGAACCCGUCUGUCCUCUUUUGCGACGAACCUACUACGGGCCUGGAUGCUACUAGUGCCUUUCAGAUUAUCCGGACAUUGAAGCGGCUCGCUCAGGAUGGCCGGACGGUUAUUGUCUCGAUUCAUGCGCCGCGCUCGGAGAUCUGGAGUCUUUUUGAUAAUGUGAUUCUUCUGGCUCGCGGCUCUGCGCUGUAUAGCGGGCCGGUUAGUGGAUCGUUGCCGUAUUUUGAAGAGUGCGGCCAUGUGCUGCCUCCGUUUGUUAAUCCGGCCGAAUUCCUGAUUGAUUUGGCUGCCAUCGACAACCGGACUGAGGUGCUGGAGGCUGCCUCUCACGUUCGUGUGGACCAUCUUCGUCAGACGUGGCGUUCUAAGCAGUCUGCGGUGCACAGUGAGGAUGGCAAAGAGAAAAAGCCCGACCCCAGACCGGUGGCGGAUAGAGAAGAGACGGUGGUGACUAAACAGGUGUCGUUUCGUCGCCAGUUCCGCGUCUUGACCUCGCGCACCUUCAAGACCACCAUCCGGGACCCGAUGGGCGUGGCCGGGAGCCUGCUCGAAGCCAUUGGAAUGGCUGUGAUCAACGGAUGGAUCUUUCUGCAGCUCGACGAGAGCCUCGCAGGGAUUCGCUCGCGACAGGGCAGCCUGUACACAGCCAGCAGUUUGAAUGGAUAUCUGAUCUUGUUGUUUGAGACUUACCGACUAACCAUCGACAUCCAACUGUUCGAUCGUGAGCGCAACGAGGGCGUCGUCAGUGUGCCCGCGUUUCUGCUGAGCCGACGCGCAGCACGACUCCCGCUCGAGGAUCUCCCCGUUCCGCUGUUGUUUUCGAUCAUCUACUACUUUAUGGUGGGCUAUCGUCUGGAUGCGGACCAGUUCUUCAUCUUUUUUGCCCUCACGCUGCUCACGCACUAUAUCGCCGUUACCUUUGCGGCAGUCUCCAUCGGCAUCGCGCGCAGUUUCCCAGGUGCCAGUUUAGUUGGCAAUCUGUCCUUCACCUUGCAGUCCUUUGCGUGCGGCUACUUCGUUCAGGCCAAUCAGAUCCCGGUGUAUGUCAGAUGGCUGAAAUGGUGUGCCUACACGUUCUAUAUCUUUGGUUCACUGUGUGCCAAUGAGUUUAUAGGUCCCCGUGGCUCUGAAAUGGGUCAAUUCUAUUCUUGCCCCGAUUCCGACGACCCGCUUGACCCGGCCUGCAAGCAGUACACAGGGCGGUAUAUCAUGGACAGUUUGGGCAUGCCGUCUAACUGGAUCUGGCGGCCAAUUGUGGUUCUGGUGGCUUUUGUUAUUGGGCAUUAUCUACUGGCGGGCCUGUUGCUGCAAUACAAUCGCUUUCCCAUGGACAUAGCGCAGGCCCGGAAAUCAGACGGGGACCCUUCUGCGGGCAAGGCCAAGCUCGCAAUCCGUCCGGCCGAGGAGGUGCGCCGGGUGGCUAUAUCGCUGGAUCAGUAUGCACUGGAGAUUCGCAAGCGGCGACUUCCCUGGCGAAGUCCACAGAUCCUCCAGAUUCUACGACCCAUCUCCGUGGAGUUCCAGCCAGGUCAGCUCAACAUUAUCAUGGGCCCGUCCGGUAGCGGCAAGACAUCGCUUCUGAACUCCAUUGCGCAACGACUGCACGGGUCGAUGGGGACGCAGUACCGGGUGCAUGGCAACAUGCUAUACAAUGGAGCAGUGCCGUCCGAGAGCGUCAUCCGCUCCGUGACUUCUUUUGUCACGCAGGAUGACGACGCGCUGAUGCCCUCAUUGACCGUGCGCGAGAGCCUGAAAUUCGCAGCGGGGCUGCGGCUGCCGACGUGGAUGUCACGCGAAGAGAAGAACCGCCGCGCCGAAGAGAUUCUCCAUAAGAUGGGACUGAAAGAGUGUGCGGACAACCUAAUCGGGAGUGAACUGAUCAAGGGGAUUAGCGGCGGCGAGAAACGUCGUGUGACGAUCGCAAUCCAGAUCCUCACGGACCCGAAGGUGCUGCUACUGGAUGAGCCGACAUCAGGCCUGGACGCGUUCACGGCCAUGUCCAUCAUCGAAGUGCUGCAGGGCCUUGCGGCCGAGGGACGCACAUUGAUCAUGACCAUCCACCAAUCGCGCUCGGAUCUGUUUAGCCAUUUCUCCCAGGUGCUACUACUCGCCCGCGGCGGCUACCCAGUCUACGCAGGGAAGGGUGAGCAGAUGCUGCCGCACUUUGCAUCGCAGGGCCACGACUGCCCACAGACAACCAACCCGGCAGAUUUCGUGCUAGAUCUGAUCACCGUGGACCUGCAGCAGGCGGACCGCGAGGCCGUCACGCGCGAGCGUGUCCGAUACCUUAUAUCGUGCUGGUCGGAGGCCUCGCCGGAUCUCGGGCGUACGACGUCGCAGAUCGCCACGCCCGCCGAGCUGGGGAGUCUGCGCCGCCAGAUGCUGCCGUUCCGCGUGACUUUCCCGCUGGUGCUGCACCGCUCGACGAUUAACUUCUGGCGGCAGCCGCCGCUGGUUAUGGCGCGGUCAAUGCAGAUUGUCGGGAUUGGGAUUAUAAUGGCGCUAUUCUUUGCACCGCUGAAGAAUGACUAUGCCGCCGUGCAAUCGCGCAUGGGGUUUAUCCAAGAGUUUGCGGCGCUGUAUUUUGUCGGCAUGCUCCAAAACAUCGCCAUCUACCCCGGCGAACGAGACGUCUUCUACCGCGAAGAAGCAGACAACUGCUACUCCGCCGAAACCUUCAUGCUAGCCUACACAACCAUCGAAGUCCCCUUCGAGAUCGGCUCAGCCCUAAUAUUCGGAGCGCUAGCCGCCUUCGCAGACAACCUCAAGCGCAGCGCCCAGAUGUUCCUGAUUAGCGCCUUCAACUGCUUCUGCAUCAUCAGCUGCGGCGAGUCAGUGGGGAUCAUGUUCUGCACGCUGUUCUCGCACGUCGGCUUCGCCGUCAACAUCACGUCGACGCUGCUGUCCAUCUCCACGAUCCUGGGCGGCGUCAUGAGCCUGGAUAUCAACGAUGUGCUGCAGGGUAUCAACCACCUCUCGCCUAUCAAGUAUGCCAUUGCCAACCUGGCCCCCUUUGCGAUGCACGGCCAGCGGUUUGGGUGUGAGCCUGCUCAGCGCCUGGCGGAUGGCCGCUGUCCGCUGGAUUCGGGGGAGCAGGUGCUUGAGUUGUAUAAUCUGGAUAAGGAUGGGCCCAUGAAUGUGAUGGCGCUCGGUGUGUGCACGGUUGUUUAUCGGGUUGUUGCUUAUGCGUUGCUGAAGGCGAUGCGCUCACAUCGGGUUAUGGAGCGGUGGCGGGAGUGGCGGCGGGCGAGGCAAAAGGGUUAG